AUGGCACCCAUCCCAGCUCAACUCCGAGAUGAUAUCAAGACCCGUUUGGAGAAAGUCAUAGAAGAAUUAGAAGCACAUCCCUCCUGGAGCUCGCACAACACAAACCCAGGUCUCUUCUUUCUCUGGGAUUUUGUAAAGCGUGGUAGCUACAUGCUUCUCGAAUACGAUAACAUUCUAAAUGGACGUCCUCUCCAAAAUGCCGAUCAAUUUCGCCCAGAACCACCAGGCACAGGUGAAGAUGCUGCAUUGAAGGUAUUUCAAGAAGUUUGUGCACGAACCUUGAUGCUGAACAUGAUUGUCACCGAUACAAGCGGUCGAAUGAGAAUGAUGAUGGGAGGCGCUGGCAAUUCAGUCGAUUAUGGUGAAAAUGUUAGGCAAGCAGUUAGAGAGUUAGAAGCUGUUGUUCCAAAGGAACACAUGCUGGGUGGUAUGGCCUAA